CGCUCUUGCCAUCUUGUCGAGUGGUUGGUUGAGAGCGGCAGCAGGAGUUAGCUGUCCGUUAGCUCUGUGCUGGUGCUGAAGUAGUUAUAUGUCAGCUAGCUGCUAGCAGCAGCUGCCAAAAGUGAGCUGUCCACUCUGCGAGAGGCAAACUUCACCGACUUUUAGACGUUUUCUCUGUCUACUGUUGGACUAUAUUUUAUUUUUGAGAAGCCGAGGAAUUUGUUUACAUCAUGAUGUCGCACAUGCUGGUGCCGAGGUAGGGAAAACUAGCUAACAGCGGCUAACUUGGCUAAUUGGUGAGAAAUACAUAUAGCUGAGAGGGAAGAGUGGGCUUAGAGACCGGGCCCGCCUCAGACUAAAGUACCGGUGGCAGCUGCUGAACAAGAACUUUGACAAGGGCCUGUUUGCAACUCCGCUGCCGGGACACAAGGAAGGCCGACCGGGUGUUAGAGAGGCCGGAGGAAGAGACCAGCUUUCGCCCGUGUACCGCGACCGGACACCGCGGAACGUUUCGGGAGUUUGGCCCCGUCUGGCCUUGGUUGUGACACUUUUCUUGGACAAGAGAAAGAAAGAGGAACGGUAUGGAAAUGUCCUGUGACGGUACGUGUCUAUUUCAUAUCCCUCAACUGUGAAUUACUUCGCAAGACAGUAGUGCGGCACUUUGUUUCAUCUGGGAGUCUGACAGACUUGACGCAGAUAGUCAACAUGUCGAAAAUGCCAGCAAAGAAGAAAAGUUGUUUCCAGAUCACAAGUGUAACGCAGGCUCAGGUGGCGGCCAGCAGCAUCCCCGACGACACCGAGAGCCUGGAGGAUCCGGACGAGUCCCGGACAGAGGACGUGUCGUCGGAAAUAUUUGACGUUCCUCGGACCGACCUGGGGGUGUGUGACAGGAGCUCAUCCGAGGAAACCUUAAACAACGUAGGAGAGCCUCAGGAGAGCCAGCUGCCUCACACGGGUCCUGUCAACGGGGGACUCUCUUAUAAAAGUUUAGGCACUGGUCGUGUCACCCCGCAUAAUGUAGGAGGAAGUGCGCCUGUGCCAGCUACAACUCAGCCCAUUGUUCCAAGCUCAGUCCCUGCUGCCACAGUCUCCACCAGUGUGGCUCAUACGACUCCUGCAAGCACAAGUUGUAGUUCCCGUUUCAGGGUCAUUAAACUUGACCAUGGUACCGGUGAGCCCUUCAGACGGGGCAGGUGGACAUGCACUGAGUUCUAUGAGAGAGAUUCAGAUUCAAAUGUUAAUCGGACUGUGGAUAGCAUAAAGCCAACUGUAACCCUUGAUCACAGUAUAGACAGGGACAGUGGACUCGGGGCCACCAGUAAUUCUGUCAUCACUAGCAGUGUUUUUUCUGCACAAGGUUCAGAGAACACCGUGGAUAGUGGCUACUCGGUCUCUGUCGGGCACCCCGCCCAAACUCACCCUUCAGAGUCUCUGCAGCAAGGCUACAGCUUGGUUCCUCAGAUAGGAAGCGGAGCAAGUGCCUUCCAGCCCACAGGGUAUACAGCGUCAGCAUCACAGCAACCACAACAGGCUCAGGUCAACAUGCAGCCUGUUGCUCCCCACACAUUCCUCUCCAACAGCCUCAAUGGUGUGCACCCAGGUGCCAUGCAGCAGAAGUCCCCCAUUGUACCUCCUGCCACGCAGGCCCAGCCAUUUGCCUAUUCUGCUCAUCCCACUGGCCUCUCAUCUGGCCACCCAGACUAUCAUCAGCACCACUUUGGUUCAAGCCCUCAGAAUCUACCCAUGACCUCCCUGGGCGUGGGGCCUCCAGCCAGCCAGGUACCCCCGCCUCUAAUCACCCCUGCUGGUCCAGGAGCACAGGCGCUGGCUGUAGAAACACCUUCAGUGCAGGGUCUCCUGCUACAGGUGGGCAGUGCAUCAGCCAUGGCCCCAGUCCUUCCAGGAAGUGGACAGCAGCAGCCUGUCAGCCAGACUCAGCCUUCAGGAGGGUUAGGCAUUGCCCCUGCACCUUCCGUCACCACCACCACUUCCCAUAGCGGUGGCCAGAACGUGCCUGCCACAGUGCCCAGCACAACCAACACCCCUCCAGGUGUGCCAAGUCAGGCGCCUGGCACAGGUGGACUUGUCCAGCCCCAGGGAGCUCACGGAGGAGUAACAACAGGACUUCCCUCCGGCUUCAGCAACCAGGCAGAAGAUAGUAGGCAGAAGACUGAUGUCAUACCUCAGCACAUUGUCGGUGUGGUUCCUGGCAAAGAUGGUGUAAAGCCUCUCAUCAGUGAGGGCCUCAGUCUGCCCAAUCCUGCGGUCAACAGUCUGUUUGGCAUCCAUAUUACCAUGGAUGUGGAUGACGACAGGAACCCGUCCACUGCUUUCUACCAGGCUUUCCGGCCUAGCAGAUUACGAGGGUCAAAGCCCGUCAACGAUAGUGCCUCUGGUGCUAGCGUCGUUGCCAUCGAUAACAAGAUUGAGCAGGCAAUGGACUUGGUGAAGAGCCACCUGAUGUAUGCCGUUCGCGAGGAAGUGGAGGUGCUGAAGGAGCAGAUCAAGGAGCUGUACGAGAGAAACUCGGUGUUGGAGCGCGAGAACGCCGUGCUGAAGUCGCUGGCCAACUCGGACCAGCUCAACCAGCUGUCCAGCCAGCUCACCCAGAGCAGCAGCACGUCGCCGCCGCUGCAGCAGCAACACCCGCUCGUCGCAAACAACACCCCCGCCCUGGCUCACCACGAGGGCAGCCAGAGCGUCCCCCAUCAGCCCAACAUCACCUCGGCGUGAUCCCCCUUCCCUUUUACACACAACAGUCAAACACACACCUCCCACGGACAGGAGUGGAAGAGCCUGUUAGUAAAGACAACUUCUACCGUCCCCUUAAACCCCAUAAAGCAAAAGGCUCGCUCUACGUUCAGCACGCUCCAUCUGAGGACAAAUCAACAACAGCGACAUCUUUGUUUGCCACCAAGAGCCAUGUUUCAGUGUGCGCACGCUGCCGUCACUGGGCCUUCACAUUAUUAAGACAUUUAACACCCCUUGCAAAGUCUUAUUCUGGCCCUUUGUUUGGCUGCGAGAGCGAAGGAAAGGAGGAGGAGGAGCCGGUGUGCACCAUAAAACUGCAUGUUGUUCUCGUGCAGGAGACGUAGUCCAUGGGCACGGAGAGCUAAAUUUGUCGGGGCAUCAAGUGGUUGGAAGAAAGUGUUGCAACCCUGUGAGGGACAAGUGUGGUGUCGAGGGUCCUGUAGAAACAUCUGGCAGGGACUGUCCUUCCGGUGUCCACACCCCACAUCACUCCAGGGCUGGAGGAGGCCAGAGUGCAGAGGGAGACGUGGGAUAAAGGACUCGUCCUCCCCGAGCAGAGGAGGACGCCAGCGGGGGCGCCUCAGCUCGAGCGGAGCGGGUCGAGAGCCUCGGCUUGUUAUAUGCUGCAUCAAAAGCUUGUGUUGUUUUCUCAGAGCCACCGUACUUUGACAUGAAUCAUCAUAAAUUUUCAUUAGUUCAGUUUUAGUAUUUUGCAUUUAUUUAUUUCAGGGCUGCUAUUUUCAUAAUGUAAAUGAACAAUGUCAUGGAGAUACUUAUUCUAAACAAACAACAAAAAAAGAAACCUUUCUCUUUGGUCUUUUGGUAUUUUAGAAUCUGUCAGGUAUUAAAUUUGGUAGUUUCUCGCAACAAGUAGAUCUUCAAUAAGUAGGCAAUAAGUUCCAUAAUAGAAAUUUUUCUUCUCAUGAAAUAGUGCUAACACUAAAGGCGAGCUUACAUUAGGUGAGAAUCCAGGUUGAAUGUAUAUUUUGUAAAGUGUAAAGUAUUAAGAGGUUGGAGGGUUUGUACAGGAGAACGCCUGUUGUUAAGAUAUGUAAUGGGAUGUUUGGAUAAAGAAAACUCUUAAUGUACCUUUUUCUAGGCUUUCUUUGUCAGAACGAAAAAUGGAAAUGAAUUUGGGGGUUCGGUUCGGGGAGGGGAUGAAAAGCUGUGAAAAAUUGUUCGACCUACUUUAUAACCAAAGACGCAAAGCUGUGUAAGUCUUUUUUUUUUCUUUUUUUUUUCCUCAUUUUUAAAUGCACACUUAUAUUUUGUUUUCUACUCUCUCCUUCCCUGUAUUUUUUUUUCUUUUUUCGUUUGUUGCUGUUUUGCAUGUUCUGCAUGAUCUAUAAUCGAACCACUUUCUUACCUCAUGUUUUUAUCCAGCACUCUUAUUUUUCUGUCAAAGUCUGUGAAUGAUUGUGAGAGGAUUUACGAAAGGGAACAAAGAGCAGAGAGGGUGGAGUAAGUAGCUGAUGGGAAGAAUAUAAAAAAAAAAAAACGAACGGGGAGGUAUUGGUGUCGGAUGGAGGGAACGGCCUCGUGAGAGAAGGAGCCAUCUUUCUUGUGAUCAAGGGUUUUGCAGAUUUUGCAGCAUCUAGUUUUCAAACGCACCAACAACUGCUUGCGAAGAAGAAAUUAACUCGUGAGCAAUAUCCAAAACUAUAAACAUUUCACACUUUAAAGCUGGAUCCCAAUCGAUUGUGUACGAGCAUAUUAUGGGAUGUCCCGUCUGUGUCACGUCUUUGUGCCUCCUCUGCCGGCGCCUGCUGUCGUCGGUUUCUUUCUCUGUGGCUUAGAAACAAACCAAAUCGCUUGGUAAUUGUACAAUCAGUCAUCUUUCUUUUUUUUUUUUCUUUUUUAACUUUUUGAUUUUCUUUUGUUUUUUUGCAAAUGGGCUUCUUUCUUUUCUCUUUUCUUUCUGUUUUUCUUUCAUUUGAAGGAGAUGCCGCGUACAUGCCAAAUGUACUGUAUGAAAGUGAUCACUGAGCCUUGGAGAAAAUAUCUUAACAAUGCCCUUGUAAUGUGCUGUUCAGACGAUUUUAGUUUUCAGUCAAAAAUAAAUUACUGUUUUAUUAUGA